AUUAUAUCUCAGUUGGCCAAAUAAAAAUAUGUUUGUUUUUUAACAGCAAUUCCACCGUGACAACUUACCCCACCGGACAAAUGCCCGGCAAUAUCGCUCUCCGAGUGUCUCUGUGAUAACUAGGCAACACCAACCCACAAAUACUGACUGGACUGAAGUGUGACAACUAGCCCCGGUCUCUCCGAAACAUGAAUCUUCGCUCCGAUGCAAGGACAUCUGAAGAUCACGCAGAGAGCAGAUCGAGGAGCACAUCAAGCUCAUCCCGGUGAUAACAGAGGUGAGUGUUCGAGUGUCCCGAGCACUGCAGUAACAUUACCCUGGCAACACUCCCCUCUGUGUGUGUGUGUGUGUGUGCUGCAGUCCUCCAGCGGGCUCCUGGACACCGGCGUCCACACGCUGCAGACCACACUAGUCCUGAAGAAGCGCUCUGAGGUGGACGCAGUGGACACACGGCUGAUGGACACACGGCAGGAGGUUCAGAGGAGCAUGAAGACCCUUCAGCAGAGACGAGCCCAGCUCCAGCAGAGACAGACGGAGACCAAACACAGGGCAGCAGAGUUUGAGAGGUUUGUGGAGGAGAACGAGGUGAAACGCCGCCGUGCGCUCAAGAAAUACCAGACGGAGAGAGAGCAGAAUGAAGUGAGAGAACAGGAGAAAGCUGAACUCUCCAAACAACUCCAGGACUUACAAACCAGGCGUCUGUCUUUACAAGAGCGAGUCAACAAAUACAAGAUAUUCGAGGAGUUUCUGAUGAAAACUCUGGAUUUACUUCCAGACAAGUAUGUGGGCUGCGGGACGGACCUGGUGACGCCCAUCAUCAGACGCUACGAGACGCUGACCGUCAGCCGACAGGACCUCCUGCAGCAGCUGUCCAGCCUGACGGACGAGAUGAAGUCCAGCCAGAACCACAUGGAGUCCCUCAGACAGGAACACAACACCUUUAAACUGAUGACCAACCAGGAGCUGUCCGAGCGGCAGACACAGCUGGAUCAACUCAAAGAGAGGAACAAACAGCUGGAAAUGAUGCUCCACAUGCACCUGGGCCAGUCCAGAGACCAGGUGGAGGAGGUGGGGAACAUAUUGAUCGCGGUGAAGAACCUGGCGGAGCAGUGUUAUCUGAGUCACUACGGAGCUCUAGACCUCAUGGACACCUGCACCAUGAUGGACAUGAUAAAGGAAUUCAUCUUGGAGAAAGCUGACAUGGAGAGGAGAGCCAUGAGACUAGUGGCCAGCAGCGGUGCGACUGUGAAGAAGACGUCCAGCAGGAGCCGAGCGCUGACCGCCCUGAAGACCCCGCCGUAGACCGGUCCGACCCCCAGCACAC